GACAAUAAAUAGGAAAAAAAAUAAAUACACAAAAGAAAGCACCUUCUAGUAAAGUGUAGUAAAGUGAGCAAGACCUAAAAGUUUCCGUUAUGCCUAUUGAAGGUCGAAAUACUGUUAUAAAUGAGAUGCCAAAUUUGACAAACGAAAAUAUAUAUAUGAAAAAUUCAAAUAAUGUAAUAAAAAAAAUAAAAAAAAUUCGUGAAGAUGGAAUUGAUAAACUUCAAGUCGUCAGCGAUUUUGACCUUACAAUGACCAAACAGCAUGUCAAUGGAAAAGAUGUUUUAAGUAGUUUUGGUAUUUUUUAUAGAUGUAAACAACUACCACAGACCAUUAAAGAUUCAUCGACAAUUCUUUAUCAAAAAUACCGUCCAAUAGAAGUAGAUCCACAUUUGGCCCUUGAUGAAAAAAUCAGGGCAAUGGAAGAUUGGAUGCAAAAGACUGAAACUAUGCUUCAAGGUAUUGAUUUUGACAAGUCUGAAAUUAAUGAAGUUGCUAAAAUCUAUGGAACAUCUUUAAGAGAUGGUACUAUGCCUUUAAUCCAGCGGCUUAAUGUAGCAAACGUUCCAGUAUUAGUAUUUAGUGCUGGACUUGGUGACGUCGUAAAGGCUGUUCUUGAAAAUCACAAUAUUCUGUUAGACAACGUAAAAAUAAUAUCGAACUUCUUAAAAUUUAAAAAUAAUAAAAUAGAUGGUUUUAAGAAUGAUCCAUUAAUUCAUGUUUUCAAUAAAAACGAAAAGGCAUUGGAUCCAGACUAUUUUAAAGUACUCGAAGACAGGACUAAUGUAAUACUGAUGGGAGAUAUGACUGGUGAUGCUACGAUGGCUGAUGGAGUUAAAUUAGCUGAAACGAUUCUUAAAAUUGGCUUUUUAUAUGAUAAUGUCCAGCAGAAAUUACCAUCUUACAUGGAUGCGUUCGAUAUCGUACUGGUUGAUGAUCAGACGAUGAAUGUUGCGACCGAUAUUUUACAACAAAUGCUGUAACGAUAUUUAAAGUUAAUUUUUCUUUACAAUCUUUGAAAUUAAUUUGUAAUAUAAAGUUUGGUCAAAUGCACACACUUGUAUUUUUGUUUCGAAUUUAUAAAAUAAAGAAGAUUUUAUAAGUUAUAUCUUUAUUUUUCUAAACUUAUAAUCUAAUGCAUGAAAAAUAUCAACACAAACCUAAAAAUACGUAAGGUUUACCCAUUUAUUGAGUAUAGCUCCGUUCCGACACGAGCUAUUCGGUUAUAUAAUUGUUUUCACCGUAAUUAAUUUCUGUCUUUAUUGAAAAGAAAAAAAAAAAGGCUGAUAGAUCUGAUAGGUUGUUAAAAUCACCUGUAAACAA